AUGGGAGUUCAACAGGGGGCUGACCAGGUGGCCUUGGCCACGUACCAACUGGAAGGGGAAGCUGAUUAUUGGUGGGAGGCUACCAAGAAUACUGUGAAUCUCGCCACAAUUACAUGGACUCAAUUCGAGGAGAUCUUUUUGGAGAAGUAUUUCCCUACACCGAUUAAGGACCAGAUGGCACAGGAGUUUCUAGCACUUAGGCAAGGAACGAUGACUGUGACACAGUACAUGGCACGAUUUGAGGAGCUAUCACGACACGCAUCGAUGUAUGUCCCUACUGAUGCUGCUAAAGCGAGAAAGUUUGAUUGGGGGUUAGAGGACCCUCUUCGGGGAAAAGUCGUUGGUAUGGAGCUUUCAACCUUCUCUCGGGUGGUGAGAGCCACUUUGAUCAAUGAAAGGGAACUCAAUGACUCUCGUAGAAUUUUGAAUCAAAAGAAGGCUACUCAAAUGGGAGGACCAAUCCGUAACAACAAUUAG